GAUCCAUAAAUGAAUAGUGGGCUCGACGGCCACACCACGCAGGACUGGCCCCUGAUUGGUUCGGUGCAAGCAGGAAUAAACACUCUCAGGGUAUAUAUAAUGGCGUGAAGGUGUGACACUUCCAAGAAACGAGAAACUCCCAAGAUAAUAAAGAAGAGCAGCUCUAACACUAGAGUAACCCGCGUUAUUUCAAAAAGAAUAAACUUCAGAUUUGAGGAUGAGGGCGCAGAUCCAAAAAGUUCCUCAGAUCUUGGAGCUGCUGAAAAAAAAGUCUGUGGGACUGCAGCACUUCAAACCCACUUCCUCAGUGUGCGUACUGGAGGAGAAGGAUGCUGUGGAGGCUGCGCGCUGCCCGCACGCUGCCUUCAGAGCGCACAGCCUGGACGCGAUCCCGGGACCCACCAACUGGCCCCUGGUGGGCAGUCUGGUUGAACUCCUGCGGAAAGGAGGUCUGAUGAGACAGCACGAGGCUCUGGUUGAUUAUCAUAAGAAGUUCGGUAAGAUUUUCCGGUUGAAGCUGGGCUCCUUUAAGUCAGUGCACAUUGGCGCACCUUGCUUGUUGGAGGCGCUCUACAGGAAGGAGGGAAACUACCCUCAGAGGCUUGAGAUCAAACCCUGGACAGCAUACAGAGACAUGAGAAACGAGGCGUACGGACUCCUCAUCCUGGAGGGAAAGGACUGGCAGAGGGUGAGGAGCGCCUUUCAACAGAAACUCAUGAAGCCCACAGAGGUCGUGAAGCUGGAUCGCAAAAUAAACCAGGUGUUGGCAGAUUUUGUUGAAAGAAUAGGACAUAUAAACGUCGAUGGAAAGAUUGAAGACUUGUACUUCGAACUGAAUAAAUGGUCGUUUGAGACCAUCUGCCUGAUCCUUUACGACAAGAGAUUUGGUCUGCUGCAGGAAAAAGUCAACGAGGAAGCCAUGAACUUUAUCACGUCCGUGAAAACAAUGAUGAGCACAUUCGGCAUGAUGAUGGUCACACCGGUGAUGCUACACAAGGGCCUCAACACCAAAACAUGGCGGGACCACACAGCAGCGUGGGACCGCAUUUUCAGCACAGCUAAAGUCUACAUUGACAAGAAGCUGAAGAGGAAUGCCGUCACAGCUCCUGAUGACUUAAUUGGUGACAUCUUACACAACAGCUGCCUCUCUAAGAAGGAGCUGUACGCUGCCAUCACAGAGCUACAGAUCGGAGGAGUGGAGACGACUGCCAACAGUAUGCUGUGGGCUAUUUUCAACCUGUCACGUAACCCCAACUCUCAGAGGAAGUUGCUGGAGGAGAUUACAGCGGUGGUGCCUCCCGACCAAGACCCGUGUGGGGAGCACAUCAAGAGCAUGCCCUACCUCAAAGCCUGCCUCAAGGAGUCUAUGAGGUUAUCACCAUCAGUCCCAUUCACCAGCAGAACCCUGGACAAAGACACUGUGUUGGGAGAUUAUGCCAUUCCCAAAGGAACAGUUUUGAUGAUAAACAGCCAUGCACUGGGCUCAAAUGAGGAGUACUUUGAUGAUGGAAAGCAGUUCAAACCUGAGCGCUGGCUGCGGGAGAACUAUACCAUCAACCCCUUCGCCCACCUUCCCUUCGGUAUUGGAAAGAGGAUGUGCAUCGGCAGGCGGCUGGCAGAGCUGCAGCUGCAGCUGGCGAUGUGCUGGUUGGUCAGAGACUAUGAGAUUGUGGCGACCGAUAAAGAGCCCCUCGACGUGAUCCAUUCAGGACUUUUGGUUCCCAACAGAGAACUGCCUGUGGCCUUCAUCAAGAGAUGAGGCUUCGUAUUCAACUCUUCUGGAUGUGGUGACAGAAGAAGACGGCCCUGAUGGUCAAGUGACUCCUCGUAUUGCUGCUCUGUAAAUAGGAAGAAGAUACAGAAGUUAUCAUACAUGUAAUCACGCCAUAAAUACCUCAGACUUGUUUGAAAACUAUUACUUUGGACUGUUAAAAACAGACCAAAAUAAAACAUUUUUGUACAAAGUGAAUGAUGGAGGCAGCUGUCCUCAAAUCUUAAUGUAAUGUCUUCACCUCAGAUAUCUGUGUAAAUGUCAAACUCUCUCUAUUUGUUAUAUAGGUUAAGGUAUAUAUAUAUAUUAUAUAUAUGCCACAUAUGUUGAUGUUUCAUUGUGUAUAUAAAAUGCAGUUAUAAUAUUGGAAUGUUGUACAUUGUUUUGU